AUGAUGGUGGAGACGCACCGCGUGCCGCCGCCCCGAUGUGCGCGCGCGCUCGAUCCCCGCAGCAAGCCCGUGUCUGCCUCGGCGCCGCCCUCGCUGGCUGGCAGCGGCACCGUCAUGCACCUGCGUCGCCGCCGCCACAAGACUGUUCAUUUUGGAGAAAACCUCCUCAUGCAAGUUUGCGCCGAUCGUGCACAUUUGGCAGCGCUCGGAGCGAGAGUGCCAGAUAUAUCGUUUUGCCACAAAUCACACACAGGCCUCUCUAAGGAAGAUGCACGAUUUUGUUGCGUGGCGCACCACUGUUGCUUGGCUGCAGGGGCUCUUGUAGCACUGACGUCAAACGGACGUCCGAAACCGCAUAGAGAGCGUAGCGCAGAUUCACAUUCAAGUGGCGGAGAAACCGCAGACAAAGGAGAAGGCGGUGGCGGAUCGGUAUCAAAGGAACCGAAGCGUAAAACUAAACAUCACCACCACCAUCACCAUCACCACCACCAUAAAACACACACUUGUCCUUAUCACGAUGUUGCACCUCCUCCCGAAGAUGAGCCUGAGGAAAAAUCACUAGUGCCAAAAAAGACCGUAUCGCCUUAUUUAUAUAUACCUAGCAAAUUAGAACCAAAUGUGCAACAAUUAUUCAGUUUUAUUGAAAGUGUAUUGAGUGCGUGGGCUGCUGAGGAAGGGCUUACGAGUGCUGGGGAAUAUUCCGAACCAGAUGAACGUAUAGUUCGUCGACGAAAACUGAAUAAAUAUAAAAAACGCACAGAUGUUCUCAAUAUACGAAGGAUUGUUUAUGAAGUAUCUAUUCUACAAGGCGCAAAGCUUCUUGGUAAUGUAAGAUUCCGUCAUUAUCACUGGAAAGGGACUGCGCAAACUUGUAAUGAAGCAUUUCUUCGUAAGAUAUCAGAUGAUGAUCGCAUGUCGCUGACCACAGCCGUGUCUGAUGAAGAAGACCCCGGUGAGAGCGCAAUGAACUCUCCCUAUAAGGGUAAACAGACGGGAGCCGCGGCUGCCUCCUUCAACUGCACCGGUGCUGUCAGGAAGGCUGGGUUUUUAAGCGUGAAGAAGUGGCUACUCCGUAAGAAGCAUCAGAUUGAACUAGCUCGCAAGCGAGGUUGGAAAGGUUACUGGGUGUGUCUGAAAGGAACAACCCUCUUGUUCUAUCCUUGUGACUCCCGCGAGGGCCGGUCUGUGGAAGCUGCGCCGAAACAUCUCAUUAUAGUCGAUGGAGCUAUCAUGCAACCUAUACCUGAGCAUCCCAAACGUGAUUACAUAUUCUGUUUGAGUACGGCCUUCGGCGAUGCAUAUCUAUUUCAAGCCCCGUGCCAGGUGGAGCUUGAAAACUGGGUAAAUAGCAUACAUAGUGCAUGUGCUGCGGCAUUCGCACGUCAUCGCGGCAAAACUGGAACCCUCCACCUACUUCAAGAAGAAAUUUACCGCCUCGAGAAAGCCAUAGAAUCAGACCACAAGUUAAAACAUAUGGCUGAUUUGCAACAGUCAGUAGUAUCGGACCUGGAAACAAGAGCACAGUUGGCUGGACAGAUGCUGCAAUGGGAAGAAAAUCUUGAAAGAUUGCAUUGCGAACAAUUCCGCCUUCGUUGCUACAUGGCUAGCCUACAGAGCAGUGAGCUUCCUAAUCCUAAGUCGUUACUAACGCAUGUCUCACGCGGAACUAAGAGCACUCUGAACAAGCUGGGCGUGUUCACGGUGUCGUCAUUCCAUGCUUUUAUCUGCGCUCGCUCGCCGUCUCUCCUGAACAAUUUGCUGGCGGGCAGGGGCGCCACCAAGCGUAGGGCUCCCAAUCUCUCCAGGUCAAACUCGGGCUCCAGUCGACGCUCUAUGCAGAUGUCGCGUGAAGACGGCGAAGCCGCGGUGCGGGUGUCGCUGCCCGAGGGCACCACCGCGACGGUGGGCGUGCGCGAGGGCAUGUCUGUGGAAGAAUUCCUCGCGGCCGCCUGCGCUCGCCGCUCACUCAACCCUCUGGAGCACUUCGUGCGAGUCAAGAAACGACGCGACAUGGAAGACCAUAAUUACUUUGUACCACACAGAAGUGAUCUCAUCGAGACAUACCUGCACACACAUGAGGUGGUAGAAGUUUGUGCAAAAAUUUUAUACCAAGUGGAGCUUCAGCGCAAUACACUAGAACAAAUGUGGGGAUUCAGCGUCGAGGCCGAGCUCAUAGAGAACGCGGAACGACAAGACGAGCUUUGCUGCUACGUUAGUCGUGUGGAGGACAAGAGCGUCGCCAUGCAAAAUGGUAUUAUCAAAGGCGAUGAAAUAAUGGUGAUUAAUGGCGCGAUCGUAUCUGACCUAGAUAUGAUGUAUUUGGAGAGCGUUUUACAAGAGGAGCUCUCGUUGGUUAUGAUGAUGAGGUCGUCGCGCACGGAGCCGCCGGAGCCGAGCGGCGCCAUGCGUGCGGCCACGGACGACAUCAUCGACGCGCUGGUGUGCCCGCCGCCGCCCAGCGAGCCGCCCGUCAUCUCCGACGACAUGAUAUCCGGGCUCAUCGUGCCGGCGCCUGCCUGGAGUAAAGAGCUGUACAGCCCUGACACCGAUGCACACGGCGACGCGACAAGUACAGGCCCGCCGAAGGUUAGCUCUCGAACUAACUCCUUCGAGAUCGAGAACCUCCUCAAGUAUGGGCGUGGUGUGUCUGGUGUGCGGCAGAGCGCGGAGCAGGUGACGGGCUGGUGCCGCUCGCCGGCCGACACGCGGCGCGGCAGCCCCACGGGCAGCGCCGGCGCCGCCGCCACGCCCUCGCGCCACCUGUCCGACGCCGACCGCCUGCGCAAGGUGCUGCUCGAGCUCGUGGACACCGAGCGCGCCUACGUCAAGCAUCUAAAUAACUUAUUGGAGAACUACUUGGAACCUCUGAAGAAAGAAACUUUUUUAUCAAAUGCCGAAAUCAACGCUCUGUUUGGAAACAUUCAAGAGAUUGUAACUUUCCAAAGACAAUUCUUGCAAAACUUAGAAGAAGCGCUUGAGGCUGAACCCAACUUCAACCACUUCGAAUUUUCAAACCAAUUCAAGAACGUUCUUUUCGCCGUUGGAAAUGCCUUUCUUUAUUACGUCAAUCAUUUCAAAUUAUACAGUUCUUUCUGCGCUAGUCACAGUAAGGCACAAAAAGUCUUACAUCCAAAUGAAGGCAAUCAGGCGCUUCAAGAGUUCCUUGCGGCUCGUAAUCCUAAACAGCAACAUUCCUCGACUUUAGAAUCAUAUUUAAUCAAACCAAUACAAAGGAUUCUUAAAUAUCCACUGCUACUACAACAGUUAAGAAAUUUGACUGAUGUGAAUUCUGAAGAACAUUUUCAUUUAAUAGAAGCUUUAAAAGGAAUGGAGAAAGUUGCAGAACACAUCAACGAGAUGCAACGAAUACACGAAGAAUAUGGAGCUAUAUUCGAUCAUUUGUUUAGACAACAUCAAAAAUCUUGUAAACAACCUAUUGACCUUAGCCCAGGUGAUUUAUUGUAUUAUGGAGGUGUAGAAUGGUUAAAUAUAUCCGACUUUUUAGGAAAAAUAAAGAAAGGACUAGAGUUACAUGCUAUGUGUUUUGUAUUUAAAUCGGCUGUUGUCUUCCUCUGUAAAGAAAGACUGAGACAAAAGAAGAAGUUAAUGGGAGUAUCUUCUAAAAACAAUUCAAACGAAGUAGAAAUCAUACGAUAUCAAGUUUUGAUACCGGUUACGGAAGUGCAAGUGCGAGCCUCUUCGGCUAAAGACAUGGACAGUCAUUUCCUUUGGGAGCUGAUCCACUUGCGCAGUCAGCUUCAACGUCGCUCGGAAAAAGUUUAUGUGCUGUCGAACAGCACGGCGGACUUCCGCAACGCGUUCCUGAAGACGAUCCGGCAGAUCAUUCGCGAGUCCGUGCGCAACAUGUCGCUGCCGAGCGCGCGCCCCGCGCCGCCCGCGCCGCCGCGCGCUCCCCACGCGCCCGCCGCGCCGCACGCGCUGCACGCGCCCGACCGCCCCAAGCACCAGGUACAGGUCAUACAAGGAUCUCAAACUCUUGGAAAGACGAAGAAACCUAAAACUACUGGACAACGAUUAUCUGCCGGAAAUAUUGAGGUCGGUGAUUUAUCUCGAGAAAACUCACAAGAUGCUGACGAACCGCCUCAAAUGUCUGAGAUAUCAUCCGACGAAACUACAUUUAGACAAAGGAGCAAAACACUUGGCGAUACAGCAGCGGAGAACGCGCAGAGCGCGGAGGGUGGGUCGCGGUCGGAGGGCGAGGACGCGCCGCCGCCGCCCGCGCGGCGCGGGCUCGGCCGGACUCCCAACCACCUGACGCUCAGCACCACAUCUACAUUGAGCGCUGGGAGUACUGGCAGUCAAGCCCGACUCAUUCAGUCUUCUCAUCAACCUACACAAUAUCAACCGACGAUGGUCAAAGAAUUAGGUAAGCAAGGAUCUCAAUCGCUUAAAUCUUCCCCAGAAAGGAAAAGCUCGUCGACUUCGGAAAAAAAGAUUAAAGUGAUCCGUUCCGGCAGCGGCAACAACAUCAAUAGGGAACGGUCUCCGGUAAGACCCGUUGACCAUAUCUCACCAGACAGAGACCGCGUUACUAAAGUCAUCAUUUGCAAAUCACCCAAUAAAUCUAGUUUGAAGCACGGUAAUAAGACUCUACAUAGAUCACCACGAGGCAGCUUCGACCAGUCUAAGUCUCCUCGAGGAUCGAUCGACAAAUCCCGCUCGCCUCAACAAAGCUUCGACGGCACUAGAUCACCUCGCGGGAGUAUUAUGAAGUCCAGGGAAAGUAGUCUCGAUAGAGCAAAAUCACCAAAACCUACGCCUAAAAAAGGCAUAAUGCGGACUCCACAGGCGAGCUUCGACAGAUCACCGUGCAAAUCCCCUAACACAAGCCGACGGUCGUCUAAAUCAAGUGGCGAGAAAUUAGCAAAGCUCGGCACUAAUUCUUUGGACAGAAUGACUCAUUAUUCCCAAUUAGCGAAAGUUGAAGACAAAGCUAUGAAAAUGGGUAUCGUCGUUUCUAAAUCUACAGAGUCUAUUGCCAAAGCCAUCGAGCACCCUACGCUCGCCGGUGUGGAAACCGCGCGAGGUGGAGGCGCCGCCCGCGCCCACCACACUGCCGCGCAGCCAGCGCCCCGCGCCGCGCGCGCCGCACCUCUCUGCCAGCCGCAAGUCCCUCGCGCCGGACCACCGCCACUAGCCACCCCGCUCCCACCCCCACUCCCACUCCCCCUCCCCGUCCCACUCCCACUCCCCGACCCACUCCCACUCCCCGACCCACUCCCGGUCAACGGUGGAUUUGCCCAACAUGACUCCUACAUGAAAUUGGAUUUGCUCAUCAAGGGCACACCCCGUAAUAGUAUUUGCUCCUACAUGCGAUGGAUCAUCUCACGCUCAGUUGUGGAUUCGCUCAUCAAGAGCACCUCUGUAAUAAAUAUAUUGUCCCUACUUAAUAAAAGCAUGCGA